UUUAGAAAGCUUUGGCCUUUGGGCGAAGAAGAGCACAGCGAGAACUUUCAAGGUCGAAACUAUCGGCUCUGCUUCGGCACUACAAAAUCGUCGAUGUUGGUAACGAUUAGGAGCUCUUCGGCGUUGCUCAAACUCCUUUCUCUUCAUUUCCAUGGCUCCUCCUCACACUUUUUCAGCACUUCAAAGACCACUAACCACAUUGCCAUAGCUCCAAGAGCUCUUGCAAGAAGACCCACUUCGCGAACUGCCCCAACUCCUCGGUCUCCGAACACCCUCGGCUCUUCCGAUGUCGUCAACUCAGUAUGUUCUUUACUUUCAAACAAAAAUCCCCAAACACCUAAUCUCGAUCUUGAUCAUUUAUUGAAAAGGUUCAAAGACAACUUAAGUUCGGAUUUCGUGCUUCAAAUUCUGAUGAAUUAUAAGCUGUUAGGUCGGGCUAAAACGCUAGAAUUCUUCUCUUGGUCCGGAUUGCAAAUGGGGUUUCGGUUUGAUGCGUCCGUGGUUGAGUAUAUGGCUGAUUUCUUAGGUAGGAGGAAAUUGUUUGAUGAUAUGAAGUGUCUUUUAGUGACUGUGUUGUCUCAUAAGGGUCGGAUUUCUUGUCGAACAUUUUCAAUUUGUAUUAGAUUUUUGGGUAGGCAGGGGAGGGUUAGAGAAGCACUUUGCUUGUUUGAAGAAAUGGAACCAAAAUUUGGGUGUAAACCUGAUAAUCUGGUCUUUAACAACAUGCUUUAUGCACUUUGUAAGAAGGAACCAACUGGGGAAUUGAUUGAUACUGCUCUAAAGAUUUUCAGAAGAAUUGAAUUGCCUGAUAAAUAUUCAUACAGUAAUGUUAUAAUUGGAUUGUGUAAAUUUGGUAGGUAUAGUACAGCUAUUGAAGCGUUUGGUGAAAUGUAUAGGGCAGGUUUGGUACCUACUCGAACUGCUGUGAACAUUCUCAUUGGGAAUUUGUGUUCUUUGAGUGCUAAAGAAGGGGCUGUAGAAAAAGUUAGGGUCAAUAGUACUUAUAGACCUUUUACCGUUCUAGUUCCAAAUGUGAAUCCGAAGAGCGGUGCCAUUGAACCUGCAGUUGGGAUUUUUUGGGCAGCUAAUAAGCUGAGUUUAGUUCCCAGUUCUUUUGUAACAGUUCAGCUCAUCUCAGAGCUUUGUCGGUUAGGUCAAAUGCAAGAAGCAAUUAGAGUAUUGAAGGUUGUUGAGGGUGACAAGCUUAGAUGUGCUGAAGAGUGUUAUUCUGUUGUGAUGAAAGCAUUAUGUGAACAUCGUCACGUAGACGAAGCUAGUGAUCUGUUUGGGAGGAUGCUUUCUCAGGGCAUGAAGCCAAAAUUGGCUAUUUACAAUUAUGUUAUUUGCAUGUUAUGCAAAUUAGGAAAUUUGGAUAGUGCUGAAAGGGUGUUUGGGAUUAUGAACAAGAAAAGAUGUGCACCUGAUCAUGUUACUUAUUCGGCGUUAAUCCAUGCCUACGGUGAAAAUAGGGAUUGGUCAGCUGCCUACGGUUUAUUGAAAGAAAUGUUGAGUUUAGGCAUGUCUCCUCAUUUUCAUGUGUAUAGUAUAGUGGAUAAACUAAUGAGAGAACAUGGGCAAAUUGAUCUGUGCUUGAAGCUGGAAAUGAAAUGGGAAGCCCAAAUUUUGCAGAAGCUUUGUAAACAAGGACAACUGGAGGCUGCGUAUGAAAAGAUGAAGUCAAUGCUUGAAAAGGGUUUGUCUCCUCCUAUAUAUGUUAGAGAUGCGUUUGAGAGUGCAUUUCAAAAGAAGGGUAAGUUUAAGAUUGCACGAGAGUUGCUGCAGAAGAUGGACGGAGUCCACCAACAUGAGUCAAGAACGAGAAAUUCAUCAUGAGAAAUUUCUCUCCCACUCUCAAAGAACUUGCCCUUCCAGUGAACGUGUUCCCAAUCAACCAAGAUCUGCAUUCAAGUUUAGAGAGUUUACCACUUGAACUAGCUUUGAUGAGGAUCAUAUCGAAUUCACCCCAGGACAACACAAUGGCAAUUGGCAACAAAGAGGGCAAGAAGGCAAAGAAUUCAAGCUUGUCCUACAUUUUCCUGAAAAUGGGGUAGGACAAGUAGAAAAGGAAAAGGAAAGGGCAGUGGGUGAGUUUAGGUCUCUAGGAAAGGAAAAAUUCAUUCAAAAGCUGACCUUUCACGUGUCAAGCAUCAGAUCAACACUAAUCACAUCAAAGAUUGGUCCUCAGCUAGUCAACUAUCAUAGAGGCGAUUCAGGUCAUCCUAGCUUUCCUUUGUAAAUAUCUUUUGGAGUCUUUAUGAUCCCGAAGAAGUGCCUUCUUCAGUUGGUCUGUAUCUCUUGUUGGCCUCGUUAUUAACAGUAAAAUUCAAAGAAGAAAUCCUUCUUAUGCUCUCAAUUGGUGUUGGCACUCAUUUUGUUGGACUUGUAUUAUGAACCUUGAGAUUAGAACAUUUGAUUCUCGCACCCAUGCAUUAUACAAUAUCAAAUUCAGAUAUAGUUAGACAUCUUCAUUGUGCAUUAAUUUUAUACAUUUUGCUCUCUUGUUGUUUACUAAGUUUACAAAUACUUUUAGCUAAUCAAGAGACUAUUCCUAUGAUA